CGCCUGGCGAGGUUUGUGUUUCAUUGCCUUUGAAGUACAACACAAACUUACCAUUUCUGAGGUUUGAAAAGCUUCACUAAGUCAUGCCUCUUAUUCGACCCAGGCAUGUGCUAUCCUUUAGCAGCGAAGAUGUGGCUCAGCCAGCACAGAACCUGCUUAAAUCAGAAACAUAUAGAAAAUGGAGAUGUGCGACUGCAGGAGAGAAACAGGCUUCGGUCAUUUUAGAGCUUGAGAAGGCAACACAGAUACACUCCAUUGAUAUAGGCAACAAUGGUUCUGCACUUGUAGAAGUGUUAGUUGGCAGGUCUUCAUGGAGCUCUAAUGAACAAUUUCAGGUGCUUCUUGUUGCAUCUUCUUUCAUGAGCCCAGCUGAAAGUAAAUCAUUUACCAAUAUCAAUAGAGUCAGGAUGUUUGGUGCUGAUAAACUUUCCAAGCCCGUAGCAGCACAGAAGUGGGACCAAGUCAAGUUAAUCUGUACACAGCCAUUUAACAAGAAUGAACAGUAUGGCUUGUCAUUUAUCAACCUCCAUUCUCCUCCUGAUGAUACCAAUGGUGACAAUGCAGAGAAAGCUGUAGCAAGUCCUCCAGUCACAGCUUCAAAGAGACUUGGUCGCUUUAUUUUAAAAGAUGACAGUGACAGUGAAGAGAAAAAAAAGGUUUCGUCUGGAAGUCUAUUUUUCAAGAAACUACAAAAGAAAGCUUCCCCGCCUCCCAUGUCUACUGCAGCUGAAGUUAGAGCAGCAUCGACAGCUACCACCUCAUCAGAUGACAGGAAGCCAAGUGUUGUCAGCAGUGUUCAAGACGUCAGACACCCAGUAGCUAAGGACGGACACUCGUUGAAUAAAGACAGACACCCAGUGGCUAAAGACAGAGCAGAGAAAAUUGGAGGAAGAUCCUCUCCAAAACCAGAUGAAAAACCUGUUCAGAGAAGAACUAGCGAGAGCGCAAAACGGAAAUACGAAGAUUCACCAAAGGAAAACAAGAACAGCAAAUCGCCACCUCCAGCAAAAAAGAAACGGGGUAAGACUUCCCUAGAGAUAAGAACUUAUUCAAAUUUGGAUGAAGCAGAACAAAGGAAAGGAUAG